GGCGUCAGCGCCGGAGGAGGCUGAGGCGGCGACGGGCCCGGACGAGCGCCCGGAGGUGGCGGACGCGGCGCCGGGGGCCCCCAUGGGCGGGUGUGUGGGCGCCCAGCACGACUCCUCGGGCAGCCUCAACGAGAACUCGGAAGGCACUGGAGUUGCUUUAGGUCGUAACCAGCCUUUGAAAAAGGAGAAACCAAAAUGGAAAAGUGAUUAUCCUAUGACAGAUGGACAACUGCGCAGCAAGAGGGAUGAAUUUUGGGAUACUGCACCAGCUUUUGAAGGCCGCAAAGAGAUUUGGGAUGCCUUGAAGGCUGCAGCACAUGCUUUUGAGAGCAAUGAUCAUGAACUGGCACAAGCAAUUAUUGACGGUGCAAACAUAACAUUACCACAUGGUGCACUUACAGAGUGCUAUGAUGAACUGGGAAACAGAUAUCAGCUUCCAGUCUAUUGCUUGGCACCACCAAUCAACAUGAUAGAAGAAAAGAGUGACAUAGAGACUCUGGAUAUUCCUGAGCCACCACCCAACUCUGGUUAUGAAUGUCAGCUCCGUUUACGCCUUUCCACAGGCAAAGACCUCAAACUAGUGGUCCGCAGUACAGACACAGUUUUCCACAUGAAGAGGCGGUUACACGCAACAGAAGGAGUGGAACCAAGUAGUCAGCGUUGGUUCUUCUCUGGCAGACCUCUGACCGACAAAAUGAAGUUGGAAGAACUGAAGAUCCCAAAGGACUACGUUGUACAGGUUAUAGUGAGCCAACCUUUGCAGAACCCAACACCAGUUGAGAACUGAACUGGUCCUGUUGGCUGGUCCUCCGAUCUCUCCCACUCUUCUUCAUUAUUAAUGUUGUUUUUUCCUACUCUAUAGCGUGAAAUUUAUUUUCACUGCUCUGAAUUCCCUAUGAAUGGAUUUAGUUCUGAGGAAUGACCAGUGAAAAUUUCCAUCUGUGAUGGAGAACAACAAAAAUAAUUAAUAAAACACAAAGAGCCAGGC